CUCCGCGGCCGCAACUAUUCCCGAGGUGGCGAUAUUUUUCCGCAGAAGGUUGGGCUCUGGCAAUUUUUUGUUCGCCAUGGCCGCGGUGAAGAAAGGGGUCGCGGCCGCGGCGAAGAAAACUGGGCUGCACUGCACGACUUUACGAUUUUUGCUUGUUCGGGUUCGUUUGAACUCAGAAUUGAGUUCCGUUCUUUUCUACGCGUCGCUAACGAACCCCUCUAUCUACUAUGCAAACCCAUCAAAUAUUUUCUUGAAAACCU